CUCCCAGGGAUUGUAAGGACAUGAGACAAAUUUUACACAUAUCCAAUCAAAAAUCUAAUGCCUAGAUUCAAGAGGUUGAUGAUUGGAUCCUUGACUACUACUGGCGAAGGCAAUCUGCAGUUGAAUCCUUGGGCAACACACUUCCUCCACCUUUCGUAUAUAGUUUUAUCAUUUAAUAUUGCCUUUGUGAAUUAAGAUAAAAUAAAUUAUUAUUAAGUUAUUAUUAUUAUUUUUUUUUAAGGUGGAUUAAGUAAAUUUUCUAGUCUGGGUCCGCCACAUGCAUGGAGAUUAUUUUGCAUAUAUUGCUGGGUUUUAGAUGACAUCACAGCAUUUUAUAGGGCAAUAUUAAUCAAUACAGAUGAGGGGCAGCUAAAAUUAAAAUUGUUAAACUGCAAAAUAAUGUUGCAACACUUCUUGGAUUUAGUCAAUACCUGAAAAUACCAGGCUCAACAUUUGUGAAUUUACCUUUUGGAUAUUUCAUGGCAAAGUACAAUGUAAUCAAUAGGGAAAUCAGGCUUCAAAUUUGGCAGUUUAACAUCGUCAUAUUCUAGAAUCUGAAAACCACCAAUUCAGUUACAGGUGUUUUAUCGUUAGAACAAGCUUUCUAACGGUGAGUGGGGUCACCUCUGCACACAUCAAACAUGGCCUGGUGGCGUUACCUGCUUGUCUUUAUGGAGAUUUUGUUAUAACUUUAUCAUGACUUAUAAUUAACCCCUAGUAUGUUACAUUUUUUAUGGCAAUAUAUUAGUGGUUUUCAGAUUCUAGAAUAUGAUCAUGUUAUACUUCCAGAUAGAGGCAAGAGAAAGUUUUUUUUUUUUUUCCCAUUGAUUAUAAUGUACUUUGUUGUAAAAUUUUAAAAGGUGAUUUCUGUUAUUGACUAGACCACAAACAUCUGUAUUUUAAAACUAUUCAUUUUAGCUGUUUUAUCUGUAUUUAAUUAGGGUGACCAGACAUCCCUAUUUACUGGGAACAGUCCCAGUUUUGAGCCUGUGUCCCCUGUACCAGCAGAUUUAUCCAAAACCACUGAUUUGUCCCAGUUUUAUACAAGAAAUAUCCCAGGUGUCCCUAUUUUGGAAUCGUUUGAUCCAUGCCGACAGUAAAGAGAGUAAAGAAAAUGUGACUAUACUGACACAUGUUAAUCAUGAAUCGGCCGAAUGUAGAACGAUUUCCAUUAAUUACUUACACAAUUUUUUUUAAAUUAUUAUUACCAACCAUCACAAAGGGUGUCCCAGUUUUUUUAUUUUGAAAAUCUGGUCACCCUAUUUAAUAAUAUUGGCCUAUAGAAUGUUGUGAUGUCAUCUGAAACCCAGCAAUACAUUUAAUGCCAUAAUGUGGAACACCUCCGUAGAGAUGAGCAGGUCUGUCUUAUUUCAUAGUUAAAUUUCAAAUGUUUUAAUGAGGCAAAAAAAAUAAAAAUAAAAAGUUAAACCUACUGGUACAUCUCUUCCAGACCAGUAGAUGUCGCUAUCACACUCCUUCCUCUGCGCAUGCUAGCAGAGGAACAGAGUAGAUCUCGUAAUGCCUGGAUCGUAGCUAGCUUGAUGAAGUUGUAUUGCAUGGAUGGCGUGUGUGGAGGUCGGAUCGUCGGCAUGUCUCUGCUCUACCCCACGCUCCUGCUCUGCGCCAGCGGGUUCUUCUCUUACCUGCGGCCGUCCGAGCCCUUCCUCACCGCCUUCCUCAUGGGCCCGGACAAAAACCUCACCGAGAUCCAGGUUGUCAGUGAAAUCUACCCCAUCUGGACCUACUCCUACCUCUUCCUGCUCUUCCCUGUCUUUUUGGCUACAGACUUCCUGCGCUACAAGCCUGUGCUGAUCCUCCAGGCCAGCAGCUUGGUGGCGACGUACGCAAUGCUGCUCCAAGUUCGUGGUGUGUGGGCCAUGCAGUUGAUGGAGUUCCUGUUUGGCCUGGCCUCUGCCUCUGAGGUGGCCUACUUUUCCUACAUCUACAGUGUGGUGGAGCCCGCGCACUACCAGAGGGUGACCGGGUACUGUCGGAGCGUGACGCUGUUCGGGUCAGCGGUGGGCUCUCUCCUGGGGCAGCUUCUCCUCUCCAUGGCCCAGGUGCAGUUGUAUUACCUGGUGGCGAUCACGCUGACGUCGGCAGUAGUGGCGUUCGUGGCGCCCUGGUUUCUGCCCAUGCCCAAGAGGAGCCUGUUCUUCCAUAAGAGUCCUGUAGGGGGCGGAGAGGGUCCGGAGAGCAGCGCGGGGCUUAUGCAGGGGGAGACGGACAGUAAAGUGCCCCUCACUGACAAUGGACAAGAGGAUUCUGUGGUGAGUUAUGGAGAGUGCAGCAACUCAAAGGGUCCCAGCGGGGGGGUGCAGAAGGUUCUCCGGCUGCUCUUCUCAGACUUCCUGUGCUGUUACCGGUGCCGCCCCCUGCUGGCCUGGUCUCUGUGGUGGGCCCUGGCGACGUGUGGGUACUUCCAGGUCAUUAACUACACCCAGGUCCUGUGGGAGAAGGUCCGAUCGUCCCAGGACUACAACAUCUACAACGGAUACGUGGAGACGCUGUCCACGCUGCUCGGUGCCCUGGCCGCCCUCCUGGUGGGCCUCCUCCCUGUGUCGUGGUCAGUGUGGGGGGAGCUGGCCCUGUCCCUCCUCUCUCUCCUCAUGGCUCUGUGUGUGUUUGGGAUGGACCUCCUGGGGAACAUUUGGACCUGCUACAGUCUCUACGUGCUCUUCAGGACCAUCUACAUGCUACUCAUCACCGUGGCAACGUUCCAGAUAGCAGCCAGUCUGAGCAUGCAGCGGUACGCCCUGGUGUUUGGGGUCAAUACAUUUGUGGCUCUUCUGCUCCAGUCCCUGCUCACUGUGGUGGUGGUGGACUCUGCUGGCCUGGGACUGGACGUCUACACUCAGUUCCUUAUCUAUGGCACCUACUUUGCCUUCAUCUCCAGUGUCUUCCUCACGGCUGGACUUUACAAAGUGUACAGUAGGAGGCGCUCUGAGCUGGAGAGCUGCAGUGGAGCGGAGACGCAGUCAAAUGGUUCACCCAACAGUAACAUCAUCUCAUCCUGACAGUGCCCCCUACAGUGGACUCCUGCUGCUGCACAGGCCUGGUCCAGUGUUGGAGUUGCCCUGCUCCAGCUGGAUGAUUUUUAUAUUCAGAUUGUAUUGACUGACUGUUGAAUAGAUCAGCCAGACUGACUCAAGACUCAAAGCCUCUCUUAAGUGUUAUCAACAGCAAUUUGCAGCAAUGUCAGUGCGCACUGGUGAGGACUAAACCAGACAUAUGACCAAAUCACAACAGAAUCACAUCUAAACCAGUCUGAACUGAGACGUAACUGUGACUAAACCAUAUAAGCACUCUGUAUACAAUAAACAAGGACUAAGAGAAUUUCAAAAUGGCUAAACAGGCACCACAUUUUUUGCCUUAAAGCCUAUUGCUGCAAAAUUUGCCUGAAAUAUUCCAAAGUAUUGUCAGUCUUGCAUUUAUUCAUUCACAGAUGUGUUUUAUGACUGAAACAUGUUUUGAAAAAGGAUGUGUUUGAACUGUCAGCAGGCUCGUCUCUCCACAAAUCUGACCUAACCAGUAAGGUUACUGUAGUCUGCAUGGAGAUGAGCAGCUGGUGGACAUAGUUGUUAUGUACCUUUUAACAAUAUGGCAAUCGAACAAUCCUGAAGAAUGCACAGCAUUUUGAACCUCAACCGUGGCACAUGUACAUGUGUUAUCUUUGUAUCCCACAGCUACACUGUAGAAACCUGCUACACUCAUUAUCUCAAAAUGUUGAUCUAAACAUCUGUUUUUGCUCGGUCCGUUACAUUAACUAGGGCUUAAACGUUAUAAGGUCAAAUGAUUACUUGUAAGUUUAUUUUGGGACACUUCACUAUAAUUCUGAAGUAUCUUUUUCCACCAGCCAAAAACGUGUACAGUAUUUUUGUAUUUAUUAUAUUACUUUUUAAUAUAAUCGUGCCUUCAGUUUGGAAAAAGCACUUAUUUGUAGCUUUAUAAUCCAAAAAUGAACAAACCUUUAAGAAACAUGUGUGGAAUCAUGUAGUUAUAAUUAUGGAGAUAUUUAUGUGUAGGACUGGAUUGAUUUCUUUUCUCUUUUUUUUCAGUGGCUCUGUGAAAAACACUGUUACAAUCACAUGUGCAUUAGAACAAUGGUGUUAUUUUUAUGUAAAUAACUGUAACUAUGUGUUGGGAUAGAAGCUUAUGUCUAGAAGGUAGUUUACUUAAAAGCUCACUGUGUUUCAGAAAGCACUUCAUUUUCAUAAUGAUAAUCACUGACCAAAUACUUUUAGCAAUCAUUUAUUCAUGUAGCGCUUAAAAACAGUUGGCCUGUUUUGCCAAAUGCUGUAUUGAAUAGUUCAUAUUGUAAAAGCACAAAUGAUUAGAAUAGCAAUAAUUACGGUUUAAUUUCUAAAUUAAACUGUUAAAAAUAUUACAAAAAUACAUGUACUUUUGUAAUUUUUUUAUUAAAGUAAUAAUAAUGCUUAAAAUGUCGCUGUAUACGGUUUGAUUUAUGGUACUGUGUAAACCAUAUAUUUGACAGUUCUGCAUUGCACUAAUGUACAAUCGUGAAGCCUGCUUACCUGAUGAAACUUGACUAAUGACUUCUAUUCUGAAAAUAUAUUUGUGACCAUAAUUUAGUAGAAUUUGUAGAAAUGUAUAGUUUUAUGAAAUGUUGAUUGUAUGUGGGGCAGAGAAAGAAUGUUGUUACAUUGUCUGAAUUUAAUAAAUGUGCUAAA